AUGUCUACUGCCUACAAGCGGCAACGUACAAAAUCCGCGUAUGAGGAGCACAAUGUGUCGGCGUUUGUUGAGAGCUGCAUUCACUUCAAGACAAACCUGACGUUUCACACUGCGGCCGAGGGAAAGCAAUUAGCGAACGAGGCCGUGCAGAAUCAUCCGCAGGAACCAAAUAUUGUCCUGCUUCUUGGCAAUCAGAAGCAGCUACAGGAAAAGAAGGCAUUGAGCACCUUUUUUCCGUACUACAGCAAGGCGGUGGAGUCGGCAAUCAACGUUGCUGCUAGCGGUAAAACCUAUUUGGCGGAGAUUACACCACAUGCACGUGUUCUUGUUGGCAUGGUCUCUUCCAAGGCUUCUCGUCACAACUGCCCCUUGCGACCAGACAUGAUUUCCACCUUGGUUAAGGAUGCAGUUCAUCAGGCUCGUACAGGAGAUAGUGAGAAGUCAGUUUUAAGGUCUGUGGAUAUUUAUUGCUGUGAGUCGCAGAAUGUACUUUGCGUUGCCACAGCCAUAGCACGUGCUGCAAAUCGCAGCUUUUCCGCAAAACGCGGUCGUGCGGAGGAGGGUUAUUGGGAACGUGGGCUUCCUGUCCGCGUUGUUUUUGCGGCCAAUACUACAAAGUCUGGUGCGGCAGUGGAUGGGGACGGAUUCGCGUGUGGGAGUCGUCGCGCACUGGAGGUGGCAGUGACGGUGGUGCAGUUGUGUCAACGGCUCGUAGACGCCCCGACGAAUUUGCUCGACACCAUCACCUUUACAGAAAUUGCCGCGGGGCACGUGGAAAAACUAAAGGGAGAGGGACGUGACGUUUCCAUCGGUAUUAUCGCUGGCGAGGAACUGCGAGAAAAGGGCUACGGUGGAAUGUACGGUGUUGGCAAGGCGGCAGAGUUUCCACCGCACCUUGUUACACUCUCAUACCAGCCGUCGAAUGGCAUCAAACCGCAAGAGAAGUUGGCGUUUGUUGGGAAAGGCAUCGUGUACGACACGGGUGGCUUGUCCAUCAAGACGCUUGGCGGUAUGUGUGCGAUGAAGCAUGACAUGGGGGGUGCAGCGGCCGUCUUUUGUGGAUUUCUCGGUCUGGCCAUGAUUGAGGCACCGCAGCAGGUAUCCACAGUUUUGUGCCUCGCUGACAAUGCCGUGGGGCCACGCUCCCAGCGUAAUGACGAUAUUAUCCGCAUGAAGUCCGGUCACACGGUUGAAAUCAACAACACCGAUGCAGAAGGACGACUUGUUCUCGGCGAUGGUGUCUACCACGCCUCCGCCCUGUUGCCCUACACACCCGACAUCAUUGUUGACAUGGGGACUCUGACAGGGACGCAGGGCGUCGCGACAGGCCGCUUCCAUGCGGCCCUUUACGCCAAUAACGAAGAAAUUGAAAACCGCCUCUUAAAGGCGUCCCGCAUUUGUGGUGAUCUUUGCUUCCCAAUCUUACAUUGCCCAGAGUUUCAUUCCUUGGAGUUCAACAGCAGCGUCGCGGACAGUCGCAACAGCGUGACGAACCGCGGCAACGCCUCUUCGAGCUGUGCGGCUUAUUUUAUUGGCACCCACAUUGACCCCAAGUAUCAGGGCAGCUGGGCGCAUAUAGACAUGGCGGCACCAGUUUCACGCGAUGAGGCUACUGGGUUCGGCGUGACACUUUUGCUGCAGACUUUUGCCAUGUCUAUUUACAACCCCGCGUGA